CAACCAUUACAUUGAACAUCCCUCCCAUCAUCCAAAUUAAACCAACUCACUUCACCAGAAUCAAACAUCAAAAAUGCCCACCGAAAUCCCCCUCCCACCCCCCUUCUCCACCAUCCCCCGGCACCCACUCACCCUCGGCCCCUCCCCCAUCCACCCCCUCCCACUAAUCACAACCGCCCUCUCACCCCCCUCCCCCUCCACAAAAAUCUACACCAAAAGAGACGACCUCAACUCCGCCCUCGCCUACGGAGGCAACAAAACCCGCAAACUCGAGUACCUGAUCGCCGACGCCCUAUCCCAGAACGCCACCACCCUGAUCAGCAUCGGCGGGAUCCAAUCCAACCAUACCCGGCAAGUGGCCGCGGCGGCCACCGUCGCGGGUCUCAAGGCGCGAUUGAUUCAGGAAGACUGGGUGCCGUGGAGUGAUUCCGGGUAUGGCAAGGUGGGGAAUAUCCAGCUGUCGAGGUUAAUGGGGGCGGAUGUGAGAUUGGAUCCGAGUGGGUUUGGGAUCGAGCAUAAGUCCACGUUGAAGCGGUUAGAGGAGGAGUGUGUGGCGGGGGGAGAACGGCCGUAUUAUAUCCCUGCUGGGGCGUCGGAUCAUCCGUUGGGGGGAUUGGGGUUCGCGCGGUGGGCGUUUGAGGUGCGGGAGCAGGAGAGGGAGUUGGGAGUACGGUUUGAUACGGUGGUGGUUUGUGCGGUGACGGGGAGUACGAUGGCGGGGAUGGUGGCGGGGUUUAAGUUGUUGGAGAGGAUGGAUGAGGAGGCGGGCAAUGGGAGGGGGAGGACGAAGGUGGUGGGGAUUGAUGGGUCGGCGAAGCCGAGGGAGACGAGGGAGCAGGUGUUGAGGAUUGCGAGGGCGACGGCGGGGAGGAUUGGGUUGAGGGAGAAGGAUAUUACGGAGGAGGAUGUGGUGUUGAGGGAGGAGUAUCAUGGGGGUGUGUAUGGGGUGCCGGAUCAGAGGACGUGGGAGGCCAUUGAGUUUGGGGCCCGGACGGAGGCGUUUAUUACGGAUCCGGUGUAUGAGGGGAAGAGUUUCGCGGGGUUGAUGGAUUUGGUGCGCAAGGGGGAGAUUGAGGGCAAUAUUCUCUUUGCGCAUUUGGGUGGGCAGUUGGCCUUGAAUGCUUAUUCGGAUUUGGGUCGGACGACUAGCAAGUGAAGCUGUUGUAGACAAGUGAUGAGUCUAUCUACAUUUAGGGAAAGGUGGACUGGUUGUUUAUGUCAAUCUACGAAUCAAGAACGAUUGCUGAUAUAUCAAUGUAUUGAUGUCAAGGAGUGGCACUAGUUGGCUAUGGAUAACGGUCUAAGGAUAUCUAAGGAU